CUCCUAAUAAUUCUAAUAUCAGAAUCAGCACACCUAAUAUGGACCCUGAGAUGCGAAGGAGUAAUACGAGACGCGAAACACAACGAAGAGACCGUUAUAAAACGAUGUCAACACGCAAUAGACAAGCGACUACAGUUAGAUAGAGCGAUAGCAAGCAAAUCCAGACGAGACACCAAAGCGGCGAUGCGGGCCCAAGCCACGUGGAUUAACGUCAUAGACGACACAGCCUUGGCAACCCCUCCAAACAACUGGGUGCCUUGA